AGAAAAGAGUAGAGGAUAAAAGAGAGAAGAAAGUGAUGAUGUGAUUGCAGAGAGGACGAGAAUCAGAAUUCGGAAUCUGAGUCGCCUGUAAUUGUCGUUCUGUCUUUUUCCCGGUAGUCGAGAAUUCGCCGGAGAUGAUGGCCAGAACCAACUCCGUUUAACGAACCAGCUGAGCAUCCAUGACUUUUAGCUGCUCACACCAACCUCUUGAGUGGACGUUUUCUCAGGUUUUCGGAGAAAGUAGCCCCGGCGAAGAAAUACAAAAUGUUGAUAUUGUAUCCACUCUUGAAUUCGAGAAGAGAGGGGAUUAUCUAGCUGUGGGAGAUCAAGGUGGCCGUGUCGUGAUUUUUGAGAGAAAGGAUGGGAAACAAACAUCAAACAGAUACCUCUCUAGAAAUGAGCUGGAGCAGGUAGAUUCUGUCACUUUGCAGCAUCCAGAAUACCAAUAUAAGAUGGAAUUUCAAAGUCAUGAGCCUGAGUUUGAUUACUUGAAGAGUGUGGAGAUAGAAGAGAAAAUUAACAAAGUGAAAUGGUGUACAGUGUCCAAUGGAUCCCUCUUUAUCCUUUCAACAAAUGAUAAGACAAUUAAAUUAUGGAAGGUAAAAGACCAGAAGGUGAAAAAGGUAAAGGAGAUGGAUCUUCACCAACGUAUCUUUUCUGAAAAUACUCUGUUGGCUGAAAGGAGUUUUAGGAGCGAGCAACAUGUACCUCAAAACUUACCUUCUUUUAGCAAUGGAAAUUACCUGGGGUGGAAAGAGAAUGUGACUGACGACCUAUUUCCAUCUCAGGAAUUGCAUGCUAAGAUUGAUAACAAUGAAGAUACUGCUUAUGCAAGAUGUCAGAAGGUCUAUGGUCAGGCUCAUGAUUUCAAUGUCAACUCAAUUUCGUACAACAGUGAUGGUGAAACAUUUUUGUCUGCUGAUGACCUUAGAAUAAACUUGUGGAAUCUUGAAAUCAAUAAUCAGUGUUUCAAUAUUAUUGACAUGAAGCCAUCAAACAUGGAGGAUCUUACUGGUAAUUUUGUUCCACCUCUAAAUGCAACAUAUGGUGUGUACUUUCUGGGAAACUUUUAUUUUCCAAUUCUUAUGCAUAAUAGAUUGAACUAUUUUAAGAUCCUUGUUUUGUCUUUUUACCGAUGAACAUGGAGCAAUUGAGACAUGGGAGACAAUAAAUUGCAAAAUAUGUACCACAAAGCCUUACCAAGGAUCAGGGAAAAUUUUGAGCCAUAGCAAAAAACACUAUUUAGCUCUCUUGUAAACCUUCAUACUCUCCACUCUAGUGGUAAAACUUGGACAUGUUCAGAUAAGUUUAGAUGCUGAUAUAAUGAUUUCAACCCUCCAUUACUCAGAACUUCAGUCUAGUUAUUUCUCUUUCUGUUACCUCGUAUCUCUAACCCCUCAUGUCUUUAUUCAGAGGUAAUAACAUCAGCUGAAUUCCAUCCAAAUCACUGUAAUCUGCUAGCAUAUAGCAGCUCAAGAGGUUUUAUUCGUUUAGUUGACAUGCGGCAAUCAGCAUUAUGUGACGAUAAUGCAAGAAUGUGAGUUGUGAUUCAAUUUGUUUUUCAUCCCCUGCUCCAUGAUUUAUUAUGCUAGACUUUGUAGGUUUUUUUUUACUACUCAAUACAGAAUGAAGGACACAGAAUGCACUGCACCAAGAUCAUUUUUCACUGAGAUUGUGGCAGCCAUAUCUGAUGUUAAAUUCUCAAGUGAUGGACAGCACAUCUUAAGUCGUGAUUACAUGAACCUAAAGGUCUUUUAUACAGAAUUGUGCAUGAUUUUUACUUG